UCCCUGUCAAAGAUCCAAAGAUAUCUUUUCCCUCAUUUUUCUUUUUUGUUCGGCUAGCUAACAUAGUUGGAUCUACCUCUCAUUUCCUUUCUGACACUGCAACUCUACUAGAACAGAAAGCAUGACCCGCCCUCAAAUCCCGUUAUUAAUCAAGCCUUGCUAAGGUAUCUGGUCGACUUAUAGACGGCUAGCACGCUAGAUAUCUAGCUAGCAGCUAGCUAGCUAGAGGAGAAAGAGGUGUGAGCUAUCUCUAAUCUGAUACCUCGUAUACCUGAUACCCCUUUUUCUGUAAAACCCGGAACUUCAAGGAAUUGCUACCCCCAAGCAUAAACGAGAUAUCAAGGCACUUAUUGUGUUUUGUGUUCGUGCCAAGAUGGCCACUACCAUUAUCCGUUCUUCUCCAGGUCACUCGAUUUCUACGAAUGACGAUAUUAGUGGUUUUCUGUGGGGUCUGGGGCUUUCUACCACAGCGACAGUUGCCGUGGGGAGCUUUCUGGCAGCUGCUAGUACUAAAGGUACUACGAGUGAAGGAACUAAGGAAUCUCUCUGGAGCAGCCUGAAGGUUAGUGCCGCCCAUUUUUGGAGGGACAUUUUCAUUCUCCCCUUGAAAUGCUGGGUGCUCCGGCAUUGGUUUUUCCCCCACAAUAAGCACGUUAUUUUAUUGCCUGCCGAUAAAACGGCGAAGACGUUGGCAGCAGCAUCCAGUAGCACUACGACGAUACGAAGCGAACAGCAUUUUGAGCAUUGGACCCUUUUGAUCAUUUUUCCAGGCCACGGCUGUCCGCCAGAGCACUAUAUUCCCAUUGCCCAAGUCCUGCAGGAACAAGCCCGACGCAGUCAUCUCAAAUUGGUGGUGGGAAUUGUCGCAGGGAAUGAGAGGUUGCAAAAAAAAUCCUCGUGGUGGUCUUGGAGUAUUUUUCGCUGGGCAUUGGACCAUGGGAAUCCUACUGUCUUGGCCAAUUGGAUCCAACUUUUAGCUGAGGAAGCGGUUCUGUCAGGGAAAAGUUCUACGGAUGAGAAUCCUUCUUCCUCACUGAGCACUGCGGCACUGCGGCACAUUUACAAUCCACACCUCCGACCACAAAUAUUUCAAGACUUGUUUGUGUGGGGACAUUCUUCUCUCGGUGGACAGCAUGCUAUCCGUGCUGCCUAUUCCUCCAAAUUUCGGGGACUAUUAUUGUACGGGUGCUCAUUGGCCACAUGUUGUCCUCAGACGGGACGGCAGAGGAGACCUGAAUCGAUACAAAAUGCACUUUUGGCCAGUUAUCCACGUCCCGUUUUGACCAUGGUGGGAGCUCGAGAUGGCCAUUUCCGAUGCUUGCGAGUGGCAUCGGAAGCACAAGUUUUGCAACGGGAUAUUCAAAGACAAUCCGACAAUUUUGGUAGUGGCAACAAUAUUAAUAAUCAGGACACGCUCAAACGACAAGCUCGAUUGCGAAAACCCAUUGUUGUGCUGUCCGAACUCAAUCACGGGCAAAUGGCCAAUGGCAGAUGGCCGUCGCUGACGGCCGCAAAGAAGCCGUCGGAUUUUUCGUCACGGGAAUCACUGGCCACGGCGCAUGCUCGGAUUGCCCAAGUGGCGUUGGAUUUUGUACAAACGCACUCGACGUGCCCCUUGGCAUCCCAACGCGUCGUGGAAGCUCAGAAUCGAUUGCUCCAUCUCGGAAAAAGCACACACACAAUGUACUUGAGCCCGUGGUUAAGGUUAUCGGCACGAGAUUACGCCUGUCGUUUUGUGGCCCAAAUUCAACAGGAACUCUUGCACGUUACUGCAGGCGAUGCCGAUUCCAAGUUUUAUCUCUACGAGGAAGAAGAUGCCGACGAAUCCAGUGUCGAGCAAGAUGUUCGGGCACCCGAAAUAUUGCCGCAGUGGCAUGUCCAACACGAGGAUUUCCUCUACUCCAAGCCGCACUGGGAUGCCGAAGCCAAUCAACUCGUCAUGAACGUCGUGGAACAGGAUCCCGUGGGCAUUUCCGUGCCGCCACAACUGGCCAAAACACUGGCAUUUAAAGGACGGUCCCAGGACGAAAUAUUGUUCAAUCAAAACGUCUACCGAGAAAUCAAAGACAGUCAACAACCGACUCUGAUGCAAUUAAAUCAACAAACCUUCAACAGAAUACUGAAUGCCGUCACGUUGGCGCAAAAACGACGGUAUCUGGCCGAGGGGAAACAGCUACGAUUUGGACCCGACAUUUUGGUGUGGCCGCCACCGCUGUGGGUGACGCAACCUAUUUCCAUUACGAAAAUGAACGAUUCCGGUGGGACGCACUACUAUCUGUGGCAAUCGACUUACACUUCCACGCCCGUCUCGUCGCCGGCGCCCUUUGGUGGUGCGUGGUAUGGGAAACCGCUGUCACCCACUCAGGCAUACGAAUGGAUUGUCUUUGAUGCCUUCAAGCCGUGACGAAUCGAAUGAUUGAAUCAUUCAAUCCACGUGUUGUUCUCAUUCAGGUUUCUCAAGCCGCGACGAAUCAUCCACGAUUUUUAAUUCAGGUUUCUUGGGACCAACCACGCAUCCUGACAGCUGCUAGAAUGUUCCUGGCUGACUUUUGAAUUUUGGCCUGGCUUCUUUCAGAUUCGAUUCAAUCUACAGCCAGGAUCAAAAGCAACGGAGCGUUUUGAAGCUGUGCAGGGCUUUUGCGUCCUCUAAUACGGUGCGUGUCAAUUGCUAGUGGCCUUGACAUGGUACAAUGCAGUACGGAUAAACUCAGCAAACACUGCGGCACUAAACUGUAUUUUGUGGCGACUCUAGCUAGCUAGGGAAUGCAGACACAAAAAUGGGUCUGACAGAGCAUUGAUACCGGCAGCGAGCUGUAGGCAGAGUACCCGUAUCGGUACAAAGCCAGCACCGGGUUGCUGCCAUGCUCCAUACCGGUAGGAACAACAUCUGCUACAAUAGCUAUGGUUCAUAAACGUUAAUUCAUUUUGAUGCUUCU